AUGGUCGAUCCGGUUUCAACGAAGCGCGAGGUUUUAUCAACGAUUUCGAGACUGUUUGACCCGCUUGGUUUGGUCGGUCCUAUUGUGGUUCGAGCUAAGCUAAUUAUGCAAGAAGCGUGGAUAUCAAAUCUCGGGUGGGAUGAACCGUUGACCGAGGGUCUCCGUCGAGCGUGGGAUGCAUACGUGGGGGAUUUGCGGGGAGUCGGCGAGAUUCGAGUCCCGCGUAGAAUUGUUCGGGGCUCCAAUGCGAUGCGCCUCAAUCUCCACGCAUUUUGUGACGCCUCGCUAAAGGCGUACGGAGCUUGCAUCUACUUACAAGUGAUCGAUAGGAACAAUACUUCGAGUUCUCUUUUAAUCUGCUCUAAGUCUCGAGUGGCGCCAAUUAAAAGCAAAACUAUUACACUGCCAAGACUCGAGUUGUGCGGCGCUAUUGUCUUGGUCAGAUUGGUUCAAAACGUAAAGAGAGCGCUCAAAAUUGCGUUUGAUGAGGUGCAUGCAUGGAGCGAUUCGACACUAGUCUUAGCAUGGAUCGCCGGCGAUCCAUCGCGUCAGAAGACAUUCAUCUCGAAUCGUGUAGCCGAGAUACAGUCGGUCCUCCCAUCGAUGCACUGGCAUCACGUGGACGGAAUAGAGAACCCGGCGGAUUUGAUCUCAAGAGGCACUAGUUUAGAGAAUUUAAAACAGAGCAAAAUCUGGUGGGAAGGUCCGCAUUGGCUGUCGCGUCUUGAAAGGUUUGAGCAAUACGGUUUGCAACCGUCCCUCACUGAGGAAGACGAAAGGGAGUGUGGUUUCUCAGAAGUAUUAACAGAUUUGCGAGCGGGCAAACAGGUUCGGACCAGCAGUAGUCUAUUGGCACUCAAACCGUUCAUUGACAAGGAAGGAAUCCUCAGGGUGGGCGGCAGAAUCCAGAACUCGAAUUUGACGUUUGAAAAUAAACAUCCUAUAAUUCUACCAUCGAAUAGCAGAUUUACGCAGUUAUUAUUCGAGAGAGAGCACAUUAGAUUGCUGCAUAUCGGCCCUCAGGCACUACUGUGUUCUAUUCGAGAGAAGUAUUGGCCGCUAAGGGGAAAGAACAUCGCUAGGGGAGUCACACAUAGAUGUGUAACUUGCUUUCGGAAUAAACCAAAAAUGUUAUCACAAAUCAUGGGGCAAUUGCCCGCGGAUCGGGUGACGCCGAAUCGACCAUUCUUUGUUACUGGAGUGGAUUUUGCCGGACCGAUUGUAACCUUGCUCAAUCGGGGCCGAGGUAGAAAAACAGGCAAGUCGUAUAUCUCGUUGUUCGUUUGUUUCACGACUAAGGCGGUCCACCUCGAAACUGUCAGCGAUCUGAGUUCAGCAUCCUUUAUAGCCGCUCUUAGGCGAUUUGCCGGACGUCGAGGAUAUCCUCAACCUCCUCAUAUGGGAGGAUUGUGGGAAGCAGGUGUAAAGUCGUGUAAAUUCCACUUAAAACGUGUUGUAGGCGAGAGUUUGUUGACCUUUGAGGAGCUAAGUACCGUUUUGAUUCAGAUCGAAGCAUGCUUAAACUCGCGUCCGAUUUGUCACUUACCGUCAACAUCCGCCGACCUGCAACCGCUUACACCAGGGCACUUUUUGAUUGGUGGUUCGUUGACUGCUCUCCCUGACAUCGACAUGACUGAACUACCCAUAAAUCGCCUCGAUCGCUGGCAAAUCGUUCACAAAAUUACUCAAGAUUUCUGGAAAAGAUGGAGCCAAGAGUAUUUGACAUCUCUGCAGGGCAGAGUGAAAUGGAAUCGCGAGCAAAUUAAUUUAAAUAUUGAUGACGUAGUGUUAAUCCAAGACAUCAAUGCGCCACCACUAAGGUGGAAAUUAGGACGAGUAAACGAAUUACAUAAGGGAAGGGACGACAAGGUGCGAAUUGUCACACUUCAGACGGCCAACGGUACAUAUAAGAGAGCAAUAAAUAAAUUGUGUAAGCUCCCGAUCGCUGAAAUGAAAUCUAAUUUAAGGUCAUAA